CACACACACACACACACACACACACACACACACACACACACACACAGUGUGAGCGCUUGGCUCUCGCACUCCAGUGAGGCAGCGUCGGCGGGAGCGACGGCAGCCAAGUAACGGGAACCACUGCUGCACUCUGAUCUCUCUCCCCCGGCUCCCCUUUGGGAAGUGGGCAUCAUCAUCAUUUGCUGUCCUUUUAUUUUCGUCAAGUGUUCAGUCUGUUUCCUGAUAUUUUAUUUUGAUGAAAGUAGAUCGUCAGGGAGUGGAAGUGUUUGGUUUUCUUCGUUGAGGGGCACAAAUCAAAAAAAAAUAAAAGGAUUUCACUGGUCAAGUCGGCAAGUGCAAACUUGUGGCAAUGGCGAGAGUGAAAAAGAGCAGCGCAUUGGGCGGCGGGUUACUUUUGCUGGUAACCUUGGCCAACCUGCCGCACCUCAGCCGGGGCCAUGAUCGCCGAGCGACAGACGUCGGAGCAUUCUAUGCACUUAGCCAGAAGUUAUCUUCAGAUAACUUUGUAGAUGUCGAAACCUACCAUCACCGAUUGAAGAGACAGCAACCCAAAUCAGUGGAUACAAAUAGAGCAAGCCUGGAGCAGGAUUUCACUGAUCCAACUAAAAUCUUUGAUAUUCAACCGUCUGAGGAGAAUACCAAUGAUACAAAAAUUGAGGAAAAUACAGACCAUAAUUACUAUACAUCAAGAACUUUUGGGCCAGGAGAUGCUGCAAUGAGGGAACUGUGGGUAAACAUGGAGCAAAUGGAAAAAGAUAAAGUGAAAAUUCAUGGGAUCCUAUCAAACACCCACCGACAAGCUGCAAGAGUAAAUUUGUCGUUCGAUUUCCCAUUUUAUGGCCAUUUUCUGAGAGAGAUUACUGUCGCUACAGGUGGUUUUAUCUACACAGGCGAAGUUGUACACCGCAUGUUAACAGCCACUCAGUAUAUUGCACCAUUGAUGGCCAACUUUGACCCAAGUGUAUCCAGGAAUUCAACUGUAAGAUACUUUGACAAUGGUACUGCUCUGGUAGUGCAGUGGGACAAUGUCCAUCUGCAGGAUAACUAUGAUUUAGGAAGCUUUACCUUCCAGGCUACCCUACACAAUGAUGGACGAAUUGUCUUUGGUUACAAAGAGAUACCUGUCUCUGUGACACAGAUAAACUCUGCAAAUCAUCCAGUCAAAGUGGGACUCUCAGAUGCGUUUGUAGUUGUCCACAAGAUCCAGCAGAUUCCUAAUGUUCGCAGAAGAACAAUUUAUGAAUACCACCGAGUUGAACUUAAGAUGUCAAAGGUCACUAACAUGUCUGCAAUUGAAAUUAUUCCACUUGCCACUUGCCUCCAGUUGAGAAGCUGCUUUGCCUGUGUCUAUGCACAGAUUGGGUUUAACUGCACCUGGUGUGACAAGUUGCAAAGGUGUUCCAAUGGAUUCGAUCGUCAUCGACAGGAUUGGGUGGAUAAUGGCUGUCCUGAUGAGUCUAAUAAUAAGACCUGUAACAUCUCGCCUGGGGAAAUGACUCGAUCUUCUUCAGCGACGACAACAACGUCAACGACAAAACCCAGAACCUCAAGCACUACAUCCACAACUAUAAUCACAUCUGGCUUUCCGACUUCCAUCUUAACCACAGAAGAUGAUACAAAGAUUGCUCUGCAUCUGAGAGACAACGGAGCUUCUACAGCAGACAGCACUGCAGAGAAGAAGGGAGACUCAGUCCACACGGGCUUAAUUGUGGGGAUCCUCCUGGUGAUCAUCGUUGCUAUAGCGGCUGUCCUCGUGACGGUUUACAUGUACCACCAUCCAACAUCAGCACCAAGUCUCUUCUUUAUUGAGCGUCGCCCCAGUAGAUGGCCUGCAAUGAAGUUCAGACGUGGCUCUGGACAUCCAGCUUAUGCUGAAGUGGAACCAAUUGGGCAGGAAAAAGAAGGUUUUAUUGUAUCUGAACAGUGCUGAAACUGAGAAACAAACAGUGCACCAGUGCUGGCCUAUGGAUGUGGGGUUAUGCUUUGAGGUGGAUAAAGAAAUGAGCUGAAGCCCACUAUCCACAAAAAUAACUACUUAAAGAUCAGUUCAAAGUAAGAAAGACAAACAUUUUCAUCUACAAAAUCAUCACCAUAGUCUUCCUUAGUAGCCCUGCAGACUUCACCAGAGUUUCAAAAGAAUGACAUAGCAUUCCUAUUUGGCAAUUGUGGAAUUGGAUGAGCAUUAGUGACACAAACAAACUGCAAACGUGAAGAACGAAAUUCACUCCAUCUUUACUUGUUCAAGUAAACCCCAAUAAAUUACUUCCAUGGGAAAGGAAAACAAUUUCACUUAUCCAUGUUGCAAAUUUAGCUACAAGCAUGUGUUUAACCAAUCAUCAAUCAGAAAAAGUCAUGAAUAGAGUCACUGACUUCAGCAUUUAUUGUGAUUCGUAAAAUGUAUGUACAUUAAGAAUGGACUGACAUCAGGUGGUGGCAAUGUGGUUAAUGUGUGCAUUUUCUUCAUGAUAUUUUCUAAUGGAUUAUUUGGUUUCAGUAUCAAUCGCUAUUGUGGGAUUUCUUUUCCUGUAGAUGAAAUAAUGUACAAUGUGUGGAAUGUCGUGUCCCAUUCACAAAGUUCAGCUGGAAAAGGGUUAGGAGAUAAUUUAGACAGAAUGAUGCAUUUAACAUUUUGCAAAAUGUAAAUCUAACAUUUUUUUCUUGAAUUUAGUUUGUUUUCCUUAGUAACUUUAUACAUUUCUAAUGUACACUUAAGUUAUCAACAAUAUCAACAGUAUCUCCAAAGUAUUAUACACAACAAGUUAACACUGGUUUCAGAUUUCUAAGCAAUUUGUAAGAUUUGUGUUGCUUACUUUGCUCCAAAUGUGCAAUGUGUCAACUUUUGGCUGAAAUGGUAGUGAAACUGAUGAGAUUUAAGCAGCCUACAGGAAACCAAAUUCUGGGUAAUUUUGCACAUCCAACUGGUUCUGUUGUGUAGUGUAUGCAUUAGUUAAAUAGAUGAAUAUAUUUUGUUUCUUGAUAGUUUACACAAGACAGGUUCUUGUGCUCCAGAUUGUGAAAAAAAUAUUAUAGUGUAUUUUGUUUUCCAUCCUGAAGAAGAGUGUAACAUGAGCUACCCUCUACUUAAAAUGGAGUUAAAAGUGAAGUUUGAGAUUAGAGAGCUGUUUCAUUGACAACAAAGAAAAAUCACUUUUAACUGGCUUUACUGAAAAGGACUGUCUGCUUAUUUUGGGGAUUUUUUUUGUGCUGUAAGAGUAGGCUGUCAUGAAUAUCUCCAGGUAAGUAUUCCUAAAUAAAAUCUUUAUUAAUAAAUUUUUCAUUCUUCCAAGUAAAGGCACCUGCAGUUAUUAAUGUAUUGAAACCAGCAGAUUCAGAUCUAAUUAUGGAUAAUUGAUUACGUUCAGCUUGCCAAUACCCUAAUGAAUAAACAAUAAACAUUUCACUUCAAUUAAUAAGUGUUGUUAGUGAACCAAAAUGGAUUUAUUUUUCAAUAAACAUUUUAUGUAAAAGCAUAAAGUAGGGGAACCCUAGUUCAGUUGGAUUUAGUUUAGUACUGUCAUGGAAAACUACUCCAAAAUAUGCUUCUGAGGUUUAUAACAUUGAUAAACAGAAAAGAUUCUGCAGAUGCUGGAAAUCCAGAACAACACACAAAAUGCUGGGUGAAGUCCUUCCCAGUCCCAAUGAAGGGUCUUGGCCUGAAAUGUCAACUAUGUAUUCCCUUCCAUAGAUGUUGCCUGACCUUCUAAGUAUCUCCAGCAUUCUGUGUGUGGCUCAUUAUCAUAUUCACACCAAUAAAGAGGGUGGUGGUUUUAUUUUAAUCAUUUUCUAAUGAGAAGAGCUCCUGGAAUGGAAAUAUUUGUAGUUACAUACUUAAUAAAGGAAGCAGAUUAUCACAAGCGA